GCGCUUUCAGGGCUACAGUAUCAGACUAGUAAAGAAGAGGUGACGCGUUUACCGUGGUACAAUUGUAGAGAAAGCAGUUUUUAGUGGACUUGCCUGUCGCAAUUUUAAGCACCGAACGGAAGGAGCGGAAGACAAAUGGAGUGUAUAGACAAAGGUGCUCAAGCCCGUGGAAGUGUUUGCUAACCAGUGAAGCAAUUUUAUGCCGCCGCAGAUCUUCUGCAUUCUAGGCCCCAUGGAGUUGGGUACCCGACGAGCGCUGGACGCCACCACCACCACUACCCCCUCCUCUCUCCACUCGUCCACCGACAGCCAGCCCUGAACGACGGGUUCGCACCUCUCCCCUCCCCCUCCCCUCUGCCACACCCCUGUCCCCUUCACCCUUCACCCAUCACCCACACCGCCUGCCCCUCCCCCCCUGCUGCUCUACUGGCUCCUCCUGUCCUCCUUCUGUCCCUGGGCCCCUCCACUCCGCCGCUGCUGUCGCCCCCCGAGAUGAUCGGCAAACUCAAGCAGAACCUGCUGGUGGCCUGCCUGGUCAUCAGCUCGGUCACCGUCUUCUACCUGGGCCGGCACGCCAUGGAGUGCCACCACCGCAUCGAGGAGCGUAGUGGCAGCCAGCCGCUGGUGCUGGGCAGCAGUCUGCGAGCCACGCUGCGCACCGGCCAGAACCUCAGUAGCCCCUUCGUCUACAACAAGGACAUGCCGCUCAUCUUCAUCGGCGGCGUGCCACGCAGCGGCACCACGCUGAUGCGCGCCAUGCUGGACGCCCACCCCGAGGUGCGCUGCGGCGAGGAGACGCGGGUCAUCCCGCGCAUCCUGGCCAUGAAGCAGAUGUGGAGCCGCUCGGGCCGCGAGAAGAUGCGGCUGGACGAGGCGGGCGUCACCGACGAGGUGCUGGACUCGGCCAUGCAGGCCUUCCUGCUGGAGAUCAUCGUCAAGCACGGCGAGCCGGCCGCCUACCUCUGCAACAAGGACCCCUUCGCCCUCAAGUCCCUCUCCUAUCUGGCCAAAAUCUUCCCGCACGCCAAGUUCAUCCUCAUGAUCCGCGACGGACGCGCCUCCGUCCACUCCAUGAUCUCACGCAAAGUGACCAUAGCCGGCUUCGACCUGGGCAGCUACCGGGACUGCCUGACCAAGUGGAACCGGGCCAUAGAGACGAUGUACACACAGUGCCUGGAGGUUUCCGACAAGUGCCUGCCCGUGCACUAUGAGCAGCUGGUCCUGCACCCGGAGAAGUGGAUGAGGACACUGUUGAAAUUCCUCAACAUUCCCUGGAACGAGGCAGUGCUGCACCACGAGGAGCUCAUCGGAAAAGCUGGAGGUGUAUCGCUCUCCAAGGUAGAACGGUCGACGGACCAGGUGAUCAAGCCUGUCAACGUGGAGGCCUUAUCCAAGUGGGUGGGCAAGAUCCCGGCGGACGUGCUGCGGGACAUGGCUGUCAUCGCCCCCAUGCUCUCACGGCUCGGCUACGACCCGCACGCCAACCCGCCCAACUACGGCCGGCCCGACGCCCGGGUUCUGGACAACACUAGAAGGGUCUUUAAGGGUGAAUUUCAGCUACCUGAUUUUCUAAAAGAACAGUCACAGCUCCAGAAAUCUCCAGAGAAGCCCAAUCCCAGUUAGGAAAGGAUGGAGACAAGGAGUAUCUAACACACCCACUGAGGGCACAGCUGGGCCUACAGCAGCCAGACGGAUGUGGGCAUCUGUCACUUUCACCAUGCUGGGACUAUUAUGAAUGGCUAUACACACACACACACACACACACGCAUACACACAAACACAUAAUCAUGCAGUGCAUUUUAGAGCAUCUUAGGUCAAAGUAUAUUCAUGAACAGACACUCGUGUAGACACAAACACACACACACCCACACAGAUGGCCAUGGACCAGCCUGCACCACUUUAUGGAGAACUUGUUUGGCCUUUGAUGUUGUACUGUAACAUAUGUGGCCUAAGAAUGUCAUUGCUGUUUAUUUUUCUCAUUACACAGUACUCAUUGGAAUUUUUCUCCUUCGCUACAUAAAUCUGUGAUUCUGUUAUAAGAAGAAACAGGGAACUUCAAUUGCAAAAGGAAGUAUUUAUGAAAGAGUUCAAAAGUUAGCUUUUAAAAGAUGCAAUAUCUAUUUUAAUGUUUGAUUUUUUUCCCUCCCAUGCCUUUGUAUUGUGCAAUUCCUUGGGUACUUGCGUACAAGCAUCACCAAUUCGAGGUAUUGAUCAUGUGAAGCCGAACAGCAUUUUGUAAACCUGUACUUACCAUGGAGUGGUCUUUUUGUGUAUGGGGAGCCGUAAUAAAUGAAUUGUCAGUGUUGAAGGCAGAUUGCCCUCCUCAUCUACUCCAUACAUCAAGCUACGCUAAUGGCUAAGUGACAAAAAUGAUUGUGGUAGGUCUCUGCAUGGAAAAGAAUAAUCAUUUUGAACUUCAGAUACCAUGCUAAACAUGUAAAGUGGGGGGGAAAAAAGAUUUAAAAAAAAAAGUCCAUGCCAUGCUCCGUAUUAUAAGUGACUUUACCCCCCAAAAUCGGACACCUCUGGGUUGAGAUGUUAAGCUGAUUGUGGAUGAUCUCGGAUGUCUCAUUUGUGGAGAGGAUGAAUGAGAGGUGAGCGCUACUGGGGUCCAAGAUGCCUUUUAGCCACUGAACCAAGACUGGAGUCAAGAGACAAAUCUGUCUGUCUGAGACGGAGCUUGUCUGGAGUUUGAAAUGAAAAGGACCUGUCUACACUCUUCUACUUUUGUCACCAUGUGUCAUGUAAAUGGGACAUAACUUUCGUUCAGAGAAGGAGGAAGCCUCCAGCAGGAAGGAAAGAUCUUCAAGAGACUGAACUGUUUUAACCACAACAGUGGUGUUAAGAAUGUAAAGAUUUUUUUUUUGUUAAGGAGCAACCUUUUUAAUACAUUACAUUCAAGAUAAAUGAUACAUCCUUUACAAUACAUACUUCAUCAUUCAAAUGUUGGUGUCCAAAAUAAAACGGUUUCAAAUGCA